AAAAUUAGUAAAGAAUUUCCGAAUAAAUUAGAAGUAAUUAAUAAACAAAUCAUAAAUUUGCCGAAUAUUCUCGUUAAAGAAGUGGAAAUCAAUGAUGAGAUCAGCCGCUGGUUUACCGGCAUUGAGACCAUUAAGACUUCCGAUUGGCGAUCGGAUCCUAUCAUUAAAUUUGUGGGCGUCUUCUCGCCAAUCAAUUCAAGACUUUUCUUGCGUUUUGUAAUCAAACAAUUGGUGCGAAAGGAUCUGUUCUUCUGGUGCGGAAGGACUCAGUUUGUAGUGUUUGUCUCGGAAAAGGAGUACAAUUGUAUGACAGCAACGCCGCCUAAUUUUAAGUUAUACCGAUCUAUAAAUGUUAUGUAUAACACACUCUUCGACAUCGAAAGCCUCGAAACGGUUCCGUACAACGAAUUCGCCUUCUAUUCCAGUCAACCGACCACUAAAAGUGUAUCACAUACGUUUGACGGAAACGCACGACUCGUUCGGUUGACUCCAAAGGAAUAUUUGGAUGAAUUAGACGAACAAACUCUUAAGGAUUACUACUAUUUCGUGACACAAACCUUCAUGAAGAGGAAGAGUUGGAUCAUUCCGUUCUUAGAGAAUUGGUUCCCGAAUUGUGGUCCGGAUCUCAUCCGCAAAGGAAUCCCUGUUUUCAAAUAUUUUGGUGAUUUGAGACCCGAAGAAAUGUUGGAUCUGUUUAAAUACUGUUACAAUAGAAGUGAUUACAACAGUUCUAUUUAUAAGGCGUUCUCACAAAACGACAUUUUCGACAACGAAAUCGAUGUCCAGGACAUCAAAUUAGACGAAGAAGACAUCGAUACUAAAGAUAAGGAACAACUGGUCGACAAUGAGUUAUGA